CCUGCUCACUGCCCUGGCAGAACACCUUCAUCAGGCCACAGGAGGGCCAGCCCUGGGUCGUGGCGAGGCAGGCUCUGCCCCGGCCGUGGCGCUUGCAGAGGUUAGGCGACAUCCUGGGCGCCGCUGCCGCGCAGGUGGUUGAUCCGGCCAGCACGAGGUGUCCUGGACCUCUUCUCCAAACAGGACAGGACGCCCGCCACAGAGGAAAGAGCUAAGCAGGAAAUCAAGGCAGAGAAAAGGCGGAUCUCAACCCAGGGCCGCGGGGGAAGGCGCCCAGGGCCCAGCGCAGGGCGCGCGGAGGCGGCCGCUGUGCAGCACUGCGCCCUCCGCCCCUCCUCGGCGGACCGGCCCGGGGCGUCUGGGCUCUGCGCGUACUGCGGCCGCGGCCGCUCGGAGUCCCCAACCGAGCCACCGAGGACACGAUGCAGUGCCUGGGCGCCGAGUACCUGGUUUCUGAAGAGAGAGCUCCCAGGCAAAGAGAGUGGCGACCCCAGAUUUAUAGGAAAUGCACAGAUACAGUAUGGCUGUUCCUGUUCUUUUUCUUCUGGACCGGUUUGAUGUUCAUCAUGGGCUACUCGGCAGUGGCUGGAGCCACAGCAAGACUCCUGUUUGGCUAUGACAGCUUUGGCAAUGUGUGCGGCAAGAGGAACGCCCCAGUGGAAGGGGCCCCUCUUUCAGGUCAAGACAUGACCCUAAAAAAACAUGUGUUCUUUAUGAAUUCCUGCAAACCGGAUAUCAAAGAUAGGAAGCUUGGUUCCACUGCCCUCUGCGUGUCCAGCUGUCCUGAAGAGCAGCUCAACACCUUGGAAGAGGUUCAGCUCUUUGCAAACACCAGUGGGUCUUUCCUGUGCAUCUAUAACUUGAAUUCCUUCAACUACACCCGGAAUCCAAAUGCAAACUCACUGUGCCCCAGGCUACCAGUUCCUCCAAGCAAGUCUUUCCCGUUGUUUAACCGGUGCGUGCCUCAAACACCUGAGUGCUAUUCCCUGUUUGCAUCUGUUUUGAUAAAUGAUGUUGACACCCUCCAUCGAAUUCUAAGUGGAAUAAUGUCAGCAAGAGAUACAAUCCUUGGCCUGUGUAUCUUCGCAUUAGCCUUGUCCUUGACCAUGAUGUUCAUCUUCCGAUUCAUCACCACUCUUCUGGUUCACAUUUUCAUUUCAUUGGUUAUUCUUGGAUUGCUGUUUGUCUGCGGUAUCUUAUGGUGGCUGUAUUAUGACUAUACCAACGACCUCAGCAUAGAAUUGGACACAGAAAGGGAAAAUAUGAAGUGUGUGCUGGGGUUUGCUAUUGUGUCUACAGUCAUCACGGCAAUUCUGCUCGUCUUGAUUUUUGUCCUCAGAAAGAGAAUAAAAUUGACAGUGGAGCUUUUCCAAGUCACAAGUAAAGUCAUCAGAAGCUCUCCUUUCCUGCUGUUCCAGCCACUAUGGACAUUUGCCAUCCUCAUUUUCUUCUGGAUCCUUUGGGUGGCUGUGCUGCUGAGCCUGGGAACUGCCGGAACUGCCCAGGUCAUCACAGAUGGCCAAGUGGAAUAUCAGCCUCUUUCAGGCAUUCGAUAUAUGUGGUGGUACCAUUUAAUCGGCCUCAUCUGGACUAGCGAAUUCAUCCUUGCAUGCCAGCAAAUGACGAUAGCAGGGGCAGUGGUUACGUGCUAUUUCAACAGAAAUAAAAAUGACCCUCCUGACCAUCCAAUCCUUUCGUCUCUCUCCAUUCUUUUCUGGUACCAUCAGGGAACAGUGGUAAAAGGGUCUUUUUUAAUCAUGGUGAUGAGGAUUCCAAGAAUCAUUCUCAUGUGCAUUUAUGACACCCUGAAAACGAAGCAGCACGGCAAAUGGUCAAGGGGCACAUUCAGAUGCUGCUACUGCUGUUUCUUGUGUCUUGACAGAUACCUGCGCCAUGUCAACCAGAAUGCUUAUACUACCACUGCCAUUAACGGGACAGAUUUUUGUACAUCAGCAAAAGAUGCGCUCAAAAUUGCAUCCAAGAAUUCAAGUCAUUUUACACCCAUUAACUGCUUUGGAGACUUCAUGAUUUUUCUAGGAAAGGUGUUGGUGGUGUGUUUCACUGUUUUUGGAGGACUGAUGGCUUUUAACUACAACCGUGUGCUCCAGGUGUGGACAAUUCCCCUGUUAUUGGUCGCCUUUUUUGCCUACUUAGUCGCUCAUAGUUUUUUAUCUGUGUUUGAAACUGUGCUGGAUGCACUCUUCCUAUGUUUUGCUGUUGAUCUGGAAACAAAUGAUGGAUCCUCAGAAAAGCCCUACUUUAUGGACCAAGAUUUUUUGAGUUUUGUGAAAAGGAUCAACAGAGUUAACACUGCAAGGGCUCAGAGAGACAUGGACUCAUUAAGGACUGAAGAAGGAACAGAACUCGGGCCCAUUGUGAGAUAGCAGCCCAGGAGACCUUUGUACCUGGAGGAAGUGACCUUCAGAAUCACUGACAGAAUAAAAAGUUCAGACAGACCCUAUUCUUCCUCAUUGUUUUUGCUUUUGUUUGACCACAUUACAUUUUAAUACUGUAACCAUAAAAGUUAGUAGGGCAGAAAAACUAUUUUUAUAAUGCAUCAAUUUAAAAAGCACAAUAUGUAUGGGCUGGGGACAGUUCUUGCCUCGCAUUCACAAGGCUCUGGGUUCAAUCCCCAACACCAAAAAAAAAAAAAAAAAA